AUGACGAACAGCCAAGAAAGACCAAAUGAAGUGGCUGAUGCUGGAAUGCCGUUUGGGUAUCCGCCUCCUGCGUACUCAGAGGCACUGACUCUCCCUGAAUCUAACUGCGUGUAUACGCCUCCCCCAAACUAUCACGAUAUCGUUACCGGGUAUAUAGACCCGCGGCCAUCAAUUCACAUACCGAGCAUACUAGGGAACUCUGGGCUGCAGCUGCAGGAUCCAUACGCCCAUGCAGCUGCGCAUGGAAACAUGGGGCUAGACAUAAGCACGCUAGGGGUAGGCGGGAAAACGUACUUUGGAGCAACUGCAGUCUACAUCCUGGUUCUUUACAGCAUUCCCAUGUACAUAGUUGGGCCCUUUCUGUAUACGGCCCUUACUGAGCACAUUUCUCGCGUGAUGUGCGGGGGAGGGAAGGCGUUUCCUGCGGGGCUAGAGUCGGACGAGUCGUAUUUGCUGCUGUCGUACGGGCUCAUUAUCGUUAGCUUUUUGGUGCUUAAGUCUGUCCUUAUGUUUUUCGUCGGGAAGCUCAGCUAUUUGGGCGUUUUCUCGCCCAGGCUCCGGACGAAAGUAGACUUUACUCUGGGCCUGUACCUCCUCGUAGGGCUUAUAAACCUCGUGAUUAUGCACAUGGUCUAUUUGGUGUAUGAUGAAUGCGCCAGCACAUUUGCACAGUACAGCGCGGAAAUAGGAAUAGCAGAGCAUUUUCUCCUCUUUAUCGCGUACUAUGCUAUAAUCUCCCGAUACGUCCAAAAAAUAUACGCGUAUACAGGCAGGUGGAAUGGAGUGUACUACAGGGACACGUUCUUCUUUGAGGACUGCACCCUGUCUCAAAUUCGGAUGUACAUUGGCAUCUCGAUUUUCCUGUGUCUUCUGGGGAUAGCAGGCGGGGUCUGCCUAACAUUUGACGGAGUUUUGGAGGUUUUGAGCUUCUUUGGCGUAUAUGCGCAGAAGGCCGUAUGA